ACAAGCCCAGCAAGGGCAGCCCCAGCAACAGGCCCAGCAAGGCCAGCAGCCAGGCCAGCAGCAGCAGGGCCAGCAGCAGCCCUCGCAGCCCGGCCAGCAGCAGGCGUACUCGUCGUCGGGGAUGGUGGCCACCAACACGGCCACCUCCACAGCCUCCGGCAUGCAGCACGACGGCAGCGGCCAGUUCAACCAGAUGGGCCAUGGCAUGCAGCAGGGCGGCCCGGGCCAGUACUACGGCGGCCGCAACCACAUGGGCAUGGGCAUGAACGGCAUGAGCCCCAUGAACUCCAUGAGCCAGAUGGGCAUGAUGGGCCAGCACGCUCAGCAUGCCCAGCACGGCAAUAUGAUGGGCGGCAUGGGCGGUAUGGGCAACAUGUCUCCCGGCAUGGGCCCCAACAUGAACAACAUGGGCCACAUGGGCAUGGGCCCCAACGGCAACAUGAACCACAUGAACAUGAACAUGAACAACAUGGGCAUGGCGCCGAACAUGGGCAACAUGGGCCAGAUGAACAGCAUGGGGCCCGGCAGCAUGAACAAGAUGGGCAUGCAGAACCAGAUGUACCCCCGGAGGCUGGCGCCGUACCCGAGUCCAGCGCUCCACAUGUCGCAGAAAAGACCCGCCGCCUACCCCACCGGCCAGCAGUACCCUGGCUACACCAACAGGCCCAACUUCCAAGGACAGUACCCCCAGCAGGCCAUGGGCCCUGGCGGCAACAUGGCCGGUAGCAUGGGUCCCGGUGCCAACAUGGGUGCGAACAUGGGCCCCGCAGGGGGCAUGGGCCCCACUGGAGGCAUGGGCCCCGCUGGAGGCAUGGGCCCCACUAGUGGAAUGGGUCCUUCAGGAGGCAUGGGUCCCUCUGGGGGCAUGGGCCCAGCCGGGGCAAUGGGACCUUCUGGUGGCAUGGGUCCUAAUGCAGGCAUGGGGCCCAACACUGGCAUGGGUCCCUCCGGAGCGAUGGGUCCAACCGGAGGCAUGGGCCCCACCGGAGGUAUGGGCCCUGCCGGGGGCAUGGGACCCAACGGGUCCUUCCCUACCGCGGGCGGGCGCGGUGCCAUGAGGCAGUCCACGCCGCCCUACACUGCCGCUAGUCAAGGAGGCCACCAGUACUUUAGCAGUGGCAGCAGCAACCUCCCGGGCAACAUGCCCAGCAACAUGGCGGGCAGCAUGCCGGGCAACAUGUCGAACAGCAUGGCCGGCAACAUGCCCAGUGGCAUGGCCGGCAACAUGUCGGGCAACAUGUCGGGGGCUAUGGCCGGCGGCAUGACCAACAGCAUGUCCAGCAGCAUGCCGGGCAACAUGAGCAGCUCCAUGGGAAGCAACAUGUCCAGCAGCAUGCCGGGUAACAUGCCCAGCAACAUGGGGAACAGCAUACCUGGCAGCAUGCCUGGCAGCAUGGCGGGCAGCAUGCCCGGUGCCAUGUCUGGCAACAUGCAAGGACCCAUGGCCACCUCCAUGCCCAGCCACCACAACGGCAGCAACUGUCAGCCCUUCUCCAACCACCACCAAGGACCCGGCGGGCCGGGCGGCUACGGUGGCUCAGGCGGUGGCAGCGCUUCAAGUGGUGCGGGUGCAGGAGGAGUGGGGCCUGGACCCUACGCCGGCGGGGUGGGCCCUGGAGGCCCUGUAGGCCCUGUAGGCUCGGGAGCAAUGAGUUACCAAGGGAAUGCUGCGGCCAACAGCCCCAGCGUCGGCGUCGGCUCCGCAGCGGGGUCCGUUCAGGGCCCCGGCACGACUACGGGGGGCCCCGGACCCGGACCGUACACCUCCGGGUCAGGGACUAUGAGUUACCAGCAUAGUCCGAUCCCCGGCAACCCCACACCACCUCUGACGCCUCAGCACCCGGGCUCCAUGCCCUACGCUAGUCCGGGCGGUGGGGACGUCAAGCCAGCGCUACCUAUCCAAAAAGACGACGAAUUGAGGCUGACAUUCCCUGUACGGGAUGGCAUAAUUCUUCCUCCUUUCCGACUGGAGCAUAAUCUUGCUGUGAGCAAUCAUGUUUUCCAAUUAAAACCCACCGUUCAUCAAACCCUCAUGUGGAGGUCAGAUUUAGAAUUACAAUUAAAGUGCUUCCACCAUGAAGAUCGGCAAAUGAAUACCAACUGGCCAGCCAGUGUGCAGGUGUCAGUUAAUGCUACACCUCUCUCAAUUGACAGAGGUGAAAAUAAAACCAGUCACAAACCCCUGUACCUAAAAGAAGUCUGCCAGCCUGGAAGAAACACAAUACAAAUUACAGUUUCUGCAUGCUGUUGUUCCCAUCUCUUUGUCUUGCAAUUAGUUCACAGGCCUAGUGUACGAAGUGUACUCCAAGGUCUACUUAGGAAACGAUUACUUACAGCAGAUCACUGCAUCAAUAAAAUUAAAAGAAAUUUCACCAGCGGUGGUGGUGCAACGGGAACAGGAUCUGGUACUAUAUGCUCUGAUAGAGACGGUGUUGAACAAACAGCUCUGAAGGUAUCAUUAAAGUGUCCUAUCACAUUCAAACGUAUCACUCUACCUGCUCGUGGCCAUGACUGCAAGCACAUUCAAUGUUUUGAUCUCGAAUCCUAUUUACAAAUGAAUUGUGAACGUGGUUCAUGGAGAUGUCCUGUGUGCAAUAAACCAGCACAACUGGAAGGGCUAGAAGUUGAUCAAUACAUGUGGGGUAUUCUAAAUACUCUCAAUUCCUCUGAGGUGGAUGAGGUCACCAUAGAUUCAGCUGCUAACUGGAAACCUACCAAGAACUUACAACCUGGCAUAAAGGCUGAGGAUGGGGAGAAUGACACAUGUGGUGCUAAACGACUCAGCAAGGCUGUAUCACCAAGCAGUAUGACAUUGCCCACCAUGAAUAAUUGGGAUACCACUCAAGCCAUGUCACCUUAUAUUCCACCUGACAUGAAUAGUAUAGCAAGUGGAUCAAUGAUGAGCAAUAACACAUCUUUCAAUAAUAGCAAUAUGCAAAGAGGAGGAGGCGGCCCUGCAUCCAAUAGUGGUCCUGGCAGCAAUUCAUAUGACUUCCCUGGUAGUGGGUCAAACAACCAAGGUAGUAAUGAUUACAAUAGCCCAGGUGGCCCACUAUCACACCUAAGUGAAUCUGUGAACUCUCUAGACCCCUUAAAUGCAAUGGAAAAGAGUUUAAGUGAACAGAUGCCACACACUCCUCACACCCCACAUACUCCUCAUACACCUCACACUCCCAAUGGUCCACCCAGUGUACCACCACCUGGAUCAGUCGAUAACACCUCUAGCACAGCAAAUAAUAGCGCCAAUAAUUCUGCAACAACCCUCACAGAUGCUGAUAUUCCAUCAGAUCUUAACUUUGACCCAGCAGCAGUCAUAGAUGGUGAAGGAACAGGCCAGGAAGCAUUGAAUCUCCUCCCUGAUAGUAUGGUGGAUCCUAUGGAGCUUUUGUCAUACUUGGACCCACCUGACCUGGCAACACCACCAUCUUCUGGGGCCAGUAGUAACGGCAACAAUGUCAACACCACCUCUGAUGAUAUUCUGGCGCUAUUCGAGUAGUUGCCAGACUCCUAGCCUAGACAGCAUUCUGUGAUCAUAGACCUAUGGACCCUUUCUCAAAACAUCAAUGCACUUACAUUCUUGCCCAAAGUUCAAGGACUUUUAACUUUGAGCAAACUUGAUUUGUUUAUUGAGUGUUCUGUGCAAAGACAACAAAGAGAAUAUUUAUUUAUUAAAUAGUAAUUUUUAAAGAAAAGAGCAACUUUUAUGAAAUCAAAAUCAAUCUAAGAUGAAAAUAGGUGAAUGUAUUAUUAAAUAAUAAUAAUAUUAUUAUUAUCACUAUUAUAUGAAAGAGUUCCUUUUGCAAAGUAUUGCUAGUGUGAGAACAAAGUGAUAGCAGAACAUAACUGUUCAUGCAUUUUUGUUUUAAUAUAAAGUUACUAAUUUUUGAAAGGAAAUGUUGACAGUUGUCAUACAUGAUAUAGUGAUGUGUUCCUUCUUACAAAGACUAUGUGACAUACUGAUUGACAACAUGCCAUACUGUCAGUAUGUGUGUGUCUGUGUCACUGCCAGUGUGAAAGAAGAUGUGUAUAUUGGCCCCCAUCAAAUGUGCCAACUGCUCUGUAUCAUGUGGACACUGUGCGGACCAGUCUCGACAAGGGUGCAGAGGAGUCAAUGUGCAGAUUCAACUUGUCAAUUCAGAAGAUUUAUGCAUCCUAUGGUCCUGCCCCCUCCUCUGUUCCUAGGGACCAACAGGGCCGCUUAAUCAAUUGCAUCUCAUGAAUACAGCUGUAAGUCUGCCACUAUUUGCUGGCACUAUUCAAAAAAGCAAUUUAUAAACAAUAAGGUAUUGCAGCUAACUUUGAAUCAUUUUGGCAUUGCAAACUAUUGUGAGGUGGUCCACAUAAUCACAUUUAAUACUUAAAGCAAGUGUGUGGCAUAGAUUUUUGUAGUGCGUUUUACAUUGCAUUUAAAAUAAUAAUGAGUAGCAUUUGUGGCUGGUUUUCGAGUGUUCCUCUUCACUGAAAAAAUUUAGAGCAUUUGUGUUUCGGACCUUGAAUCCUAAAGCCUUGCAUUGCAGACAAGCUAAAUUUUUGAAAAGAGCAGUUGAGAGUGUGGUGUUUAUGAAGUUCUUUUGCUCGCAAGUGAAUCUAAAUUAUGAAUCCAAUAACAAAAUUAAAAAUUUUCUUAUGGCACAAGGAAAAAAUAGUCAAUGUCAUCAGGUUUAGCCAAGCGAUUGAGGAGGAUUUUUUUAUGUCUUUGGUCGUCUCAUUGGUGGUCAAUUAAAAAGUGACACUUAGCUGUAAAAUUUAUGCCCACCUAACGGCAGUAAUUUUAUUGUGAUAUUAAUUUUAUCAGCUUUAGCACUUUUGACUGGCUUAAAUUUCAAAAUAUAAAACUGAGUUUAAGGAAUGAUUGAGAUUGUUUUUUCUUGUCAUUUCCUAGGUUUUGAAGUUGCCCGAAAAUUGAUUCAUCUUGAGACUUUAUUAUGAAACUUUAUACAUCUGGCAGUGACAUACUCAGGUUGUCAUCAAAAGACUGAGAGGGGCCUCAAGUGGGGGGAAAGCCUAGCAAUACCACUUUGUGUUAUUGUUGUACAGGAGAAUCAAAUAAGGCAUUAUCUGUACCCCUACUGCAUAGUUUUGUCAAUUUGUUUAGAUACCUGUAAUCUAGUUAAAGUGGAUUAAUUCCUCUCCUCCAUCUUCAUGUUAUUGAUUUUCAUAUGAUUUCACCUCAAGAGAGCUACACAUCAUAAUAUGUAAUAUUCAUAUUGCAUAGUUGCACAUAUUACAUUCUGAAGGAACAGCUACCCAUGAGGGCUACUAUCCUUCUCACACUCGAAAAGAAUAACAAGGAUGAGAUCUUUCAAAAAGAAAUCUGCAUUGUGGUUUGCAAGACAUAUGAUUGCCAAAUUCUAAAGAAAUAAUCUGUGAUACUUUUGGUUUUGUGAAAUUUUAGUAAAGUAAGUGUGCUGUUUGCAAAUAUAUUUGUUGCCAUUGUUAAUAAUAAUGUAUGAGCAAAAGAACUUCACAGCAAUGUGUCUUCUGUGUAUGCAUAUUCUAUUUAAUUUGUGGUUUGUCCCAAUGUGGUGUGACUAUACAUUGAAGGACAGAUUGUUUUUAUGUACCUGACGGGCAGAUGUAGGGAUCAAAUUCAGUUCAAGAUAGUCUCUUGAGUAAGUAUAUCUGCUCAUUGUUGUGGCAGGGGGAGACACAAUUUUUAUACAUUUUCAUUUGCCCUCCACCUUUUCUUUCUUCAUUUUUUUUCUAUUUUGGUAUCAAAUUGUUUAAAAGCUUUAAGUUACAAUUGGCUAUGUUUCUGCCCUUAGAAUGCCUUCAUUUUUCAAACUAUUCAUUAAGAUUAUGCUAGUAGUAGGGAUUUCAUGUCAUAUGCUCUGAGGGCUGUAUUUUAGAUGAGAAAUAAAAGCUUUGUAUUAUAAUUUUGCAGAUAAAUAUUAAUGCAAUUGUAUUUAAAAAAAAAAAAAAAAAAACUCGCUUCAGAGGGUUUAGUCAUGAAAGAGGGAACCCCUUUCUUUUCAAAGAAUCGGACUUUCUGAGGCAUUUCUAUAGAAUAUGUUUUGUGUUCCUAAGCAUUCCGUUUGCACCACAUUGUGACAGACCAUAAAAUUUGGAGUUUUUAGAAGAAUCACAAAUCAUUUCAUAAUUGUUGUCCCUCUAUCCAAAUCUUGAAAGAAAGGGAUGCAUGCCCUUUAAUGUAAUUUGAAAUCCUUUUAAGCCAAUUUUCUUGUUGAUUGGAAAGUUGCAAUUCAAGCAUAAAUAAUCAACCAACUGAAGAAGUGAUUUGUGAUGAAAUUUAGAGUCUGCAUAUUGUGUGAGUGAGUGAGUGAAUGAGUGAUAUUUAAAGUGGUUUGAUUUUAAACUACUGUGAACAGCCCUUGCAUUUUCUUAUGAUUGGCUGUGCAUGUAUAAGCAUGCAUGGUCUACACUUCCAUACCAGCCUGUAGUGAUUAUUGAGGUUCAUAUAUGUUUUAAUUUAAUGAGAAUUUAUGGUUUUUGCCAUUUUCUAUGAACAAUUGAUUUCAGUACAAAAGAACCAAAAUUGUAUUCAUAUGACUCAGAGGGCUGAGUUAUGGUACCAACCCUUUCAAACUUGUAUGUUCUUCAAUUUCUUCCAUUUAAAUAGAAUUUGUUCGCCACAAGUGUUAAGUCGCUUGAGUUCUAGGGGCUUGAAGAGAAUCUAAGGACAGUAUAUAUGUGUUUGGAAAAAUUAAGAUCUCAACAUUCUUUAAUUUAUUUUUAAAGUUUUCUUUCAUUUGAAUCUAACAAUUUUAUUUGCACCAUCGAAGCUUUAAGCGAGCAAUUCUGUUCCCUGGAUUGGCCUUGAAGUACUUUAUUUCCUCAAUUACCAAGGAAAGAAUAGCAUCCUGUAUGUAGUUUGGUACCAAUUAAAACUCUCCAGCCUCAUUUUGCUUAAGUCAAAGCGGUCGGAGACACUAGCCAAAACAAACUUUUGUGUACAUAUUGUAUGUAUUGUCAAAUUGUGAAAAUGUAAAUGCAGCCAAGAGAUGUUUUUGUUAAUAAUAAUGAAGAAAUAUUCUGUAUGAUUUGUAACUGACUGAAAAGGAAAUAGACUCCAAAAUGUCCAGA